CGGAACUUUUUUCUGUGGAAACCUAGUGCUUCACCUAACACCGCCUAUCGUUAUGAUAUAGUGAAGUGACCUACUUCACUAACGAAAAAGAUGGGGAAAAAGGCAAAAGUUGGAAAGGCUCGUAAAGAUCGAUUUUAUCAACUAGCCAAGGAGACAGGUUACAGAGCUCGAUCUGCAUUCAAGCUCAUACAGUUAAACAGAAAAUUUGAGUUUUUACAGAAGUCUCGAGUUGUUGUUGAUUUAUGUGCAGCUCCAGGUGGAUGGCUGCAAGUAUGUGUUGAAAAUACUCCAGUUUCUGCUUUGGUUGUUGGUGUGGACCUUGUGCCAAUCAGACCUAUCCCUCGAACCACGUGUCUACAAAAUGACAUCACCACUGAAAGUUGUCGAGUGGCCAUCAAAAAAGAACUCCAGGACUGGAAAGCUGAUAGUGUCCUUAAUGAUGGAGCACCUAAUGUGGGUAAAUCAUGGGUACAUGAUGCUUUUCAGCAAGCCCAGUUAACACUUUCUGCUCUGAGGUUGGCAGCCGGAAUUCUUCGCAAAGGAGGCUGGUUUGUGACAAAGGUAUUCCGUUCGAAAGACUACAACUCACUUAUCUGGGUAUUUAACCAGCUGUUCAAGAAGGUACAUGCCACGAAACCCCAAGCAUCAAGAACUGAGUCUGCUGAGAUCUUUGUGGUGUGUGAGAGCUAUUUGGCACCUGAUAAGCUGGACCCAAAAUUUUUUGAUCCAAAACAUGUUUUCAAAGAAGUUGAGGACACAAAAAUGCUCCUGAAUACAUUUAAGCCAGAACAGAAACAGAGAAACCGAGAAGGUUAUGCUGAUGGACUCACCAAUUUAUACUUCCCUAAAAAUGUAUCAGAGUUCAUUAACAACCAAGAUUAUUUGAAGAUUCUUGCUUCUUGCACAGAGCUAUUGUUUGAUGACCAGUCCAUUUUGGAAGAUCCGCUGACGACAGAGGAAAUAAAGAUGUGUUGUAAGGACAUUCGAGUGCUGGGAAAGAAAGAUAUCAAACGCCUUAUUGGAUGGAGGAAACACAUUUUAAAACAAAGGGAAGCAGACGCACCUCAAGCUCCAGUAGAAGAGGAGAAGGUUGAUAGUGAUGAAGAUGAAGAAAUAAAGCUUCAAGAAUUGCUAGCCACUGCCAAAGAGGAGGAGAGAAAGACAAUUAAAAAACGUCUGAAGAAGAUUCGAGAACAAAAGCUUAAGCUCACACAAAGAAUGGAUAUGAAGAUGGCCUUCCCUGAUGAUGAGAUUGAGCAAAUUGAUGACAUCGGCCUUUUCCAAUUGCAGAAGAUCAAAUCAGAAAAGGGUCUGGAAAAGAUUCAAAAGGGAGAUUUGAGCUUGGCUGAUGAGGAAGCGUUAAUAGAUGAUGAUGACAUUUUCAUUCCUAAAAUAGUUACAAAGGUGUCUUAUAACCGUGACCCAACGGAGAGAGAAGAUUACGAUUACAACAUCGAUAGUGAUGAUGGUGAAGAACCAAAGGCUGAUGAUGACGAUGAUGAUAUCAGCAUGGCGGAAUUAUCUGAUGAUGAUGAACUAGAGGAAUUAGAUGGGAAGAAAAAGGUUGAUGAUGGUGAUGACGGAAUUGAAGAAAAAGAGAAAGAAAAUCCUCUGUUGGUGAGUCUCACUGAGAAACAGACGACAUCUGAAAAAGUGGCAGAAUGGUUUAGCAAGGAUUCAUUCUCUGCUUUGAUUUCAAAAGACGAGAAGGAAAGUGAAGCCAGUGAGGAUGAAAUGAAAGAUGGGAAGGAUGAAAUUGAUGAUCUUAAAAUACCUAGCAAAGCAAAGGCAAAAAAUAAGGAAGAUUUUGAGGUGAUACCAGUGGAUAAUAGUAUUGGUCAACAACAAGUAUUUAGCUCUGACGACGACAAUGAUGAUGAUGAUGAUGAUGAUGAUGAUGAUGAUGAUAGUGAGGAAGAGGAAGACAACUUAACAGCACAUAAAGCAAAAAAGCGAGUUGCACCAGAAUUGGAUCCAGAAGGUCUUGCCCUUGCUGCUAAGAUGGUACAUUCCAAGAAGCAGCGUCGUGAAGUUAUUGAAUCAGGAUAUCACAAAUUCAUGUAUGAUGACCCCAACUUACCACGCUGGUUCUUGAAAGAAGAAGAAAAACAUGCAAGAAAGAAUGUUCCAGUUACAAAAGCUGAAAUGGAAGAAUACAAAAAACAGAUGAAAGAAGUUGAUGCUCGGCCUAUAAAGAAGGUUGCUGAAGCUAAAAUCAGGAAAAAGCUCAGAAUGACAAAGAAACUGCAGAAGGUACGAAAGAGGGCAGAGACAAUUACAGACUGUGUGGACACAUCAGAGAGGGAGAAAUGGCUGAAGAUUAAGGAAAUUUACAAGAAAGCUGGUUUGCUAACGAAACAGAAGAAAGAAGUUUCUUAUGUGAUAUCCAAGAAAGGUGGUGGAACAAAGGGUGCGAAACCCAAGGGACCUUUCAAGGUGGUUGACAGACGAUUAAAGAAGGACAAACGAUCGAUGAGGGCAAAGAAUAAUCAGAAGAAAAAGGGAGGAAAGGGGAAAAAAAAAGUUAAAUAAAAUAUUUGUAUUGUU